AUGCGGACCGGUUAUCCACUGCAUCAGAGCAGAAGAUCAGCAGAUACUAUGAGUGACAAACGAGAUGACCCUAUCAGCCCACCAGUCAAUCGUCCGAUACUGGAAGUUAUGGAAGAGGUUCGGAGUAAACUGCGCUUGCUCGAAGGGGAAACCAAAUCGUUGUGUGAAAAUUCUUACCGGAGCCUACGUGAAGCCAAACAACGAGCUCAUAAAUUGAGAGAGAAUAAUCGAAAAUUGAGGUUGAGAAUCGCAGAGCACGAUAUGCCAGACGAAAUCACUAUUGCUCGGGUUUCUGGGUGGAAGUUUGAUCGGCAGCUGUUUCUUCCUCAUUUAACGACGUCGCAAAUUCUUGAUCUAGUCGACGGUCGCAUUGCAAAACAGAUGAAUCAACUAAAUAUGCUGAGAUAUAAAACCAGGUUGCGGCAAGAGAAACUUAGUCAUUUGGAUACACAAGCUAAACUGCUAGAGCUCGAAUGGGAGCAGAUGAAAGAUUAUCGAGUUGGUGAUGAGGUAACAAAUCAAGCCAUACGAGUACUCGAAAACAAAAUCGACAAAACAAAGAUUAAGCAAAGCGAAGUCAUCCACAUUGGAAGAACCUAUGCAGCAAUCAAAGACAAGAUGCAAGAAGAGACCUUAACGUAUGCAAGUACUGCGGAUGCGAUUCAGUACGAAAUUGAACGGUGUGCACGCAAAUUACAAGAGCUCCGUCCAAUCUUUGAGAGCGCUAUCUCCGUACGAGAAAAGACCAAAACCGAACUACAAAGACACGAAGAACUAACUUUUGCGCAGAGGAAGCGUCGCGAAAUGGAGCUUAUAAGCAUGCGACGCAUAGUAGAAUCAAAGAAAGAUAAACCGAUAACACACAAGAAUCCUCUGCUGGAACAAGAGCUACGAAAAUUGGAUCCGGAAGCGGUUGGUGAUGAAAUGGAAGAAGAAUUGGCUUCUGAGUCACAAACUCGAUUGAAUCACCUAAGUAGAAUAAACGAACAACUGAAGCAAAUCACAGGCUACUUCGAUCUGACAGACAUCGUCAAACGCAUGGAGGAACUCAUGGAAACAGGGCGGCAGCUGGAACGUUUGCGGGCACAAAACGAUCACAGAAUCAAACAGCUGAAGCUACAGUCAAAAACGAUGGAAGAACACCUAGCCCUGUUACGAAUAGCCUACGAAUAUGCCAAAGACAAACUAGAAUCCUCGAAACUCGAUCAUAAGGCAAAGGAAGAAGAGAGUGUGCACAGUCGUGUAAAGCUCCGAGACGAUUCAAAGGAUAAACAACAAGCCCUGGAUCGCAUCAAUCUCACACUGGAGCACCUGUACAAGAAGUUGGUACUGGUUAGCAUUUUCGGAAGGCGUGACAAAAAGCGCCCAGUCGUGAAGGAGUUCCCCCAAAAUUUUUCCCCUGUAGAGCUUCUUGGGAAAUGCAACGGGUUACAACAACAACUUGAAAGAGAUUUGGAGGAAUAUGACAUUUCGGAGGAAGAGGAACGUCUGGAGGAGGCACUGUGUGAAAACGUACGGAGCAGAGAGGAAUAUCAAGAUAUUGUUGAACGACGUAUCCCGAACAACGCCGUACGUACAAACGCAGCCAACAAGAAAGGAGCUUGGGUCGGAGGAAGCGGUACGGACGAGGUCGAUCAAGAAGUACUGACUCGUGAUGCAAUCAAACAACGCUCCAGGAUGAUCGUCGAAAACGCCAAGAGGAAGACAACACGGAAUACCAACCGGAAGCAGUUCAAUCUGUCCAUUUAACAAUCUCAGGAUAUCUGAUUUUGUCAUAAUGCAAUUUAUUAAAUGAUACAU